AUGGCGAACGGCAGCGAGGGGCAGUUGACCUUCUCGCAACUCCAGGCCAAGAAGGAAACGGUGGAAGCUGAGUUGAAAUCUCUCGGAAGUGUCCUGGAUUCCCAUGGCGUUGGCAUGGAGACACCGCUUGUGACCAGAGACGGAUUUCCGCGCGCCGACAUCGAUGUUGCUCAAAUAAGGACGACGAGAGCUCGGGUCAUCAGGCUGAGAAACGAUUACAAAGACAUCAUGUCGAAGAUGGAAAAGUUUCUCCACCAACACUUUGCAAGCCUCGACGAUGCCGAUGCCACUGCUCCGAGCUCCCACUCUCCGCUGCCGGCCGCUGUGCCAGACGCACAGGCCGAUGGGUUGGAAGACCCAUUCGCCAAGGUCAACACGGUGGCUCCCAGAAGCCCGGCCGAGGGUGCCGGGUUGAAGGCGGGCGAUGUGAUCCGCGUCUUCGGUUACGUCAAUAAGAUGAACCAUGAUGAUCUCAAGAGGGUGGCGGAAUGUGUUCAAAACAACGAGGGAAAAAAUAUACUCAUCAGGGUGUCCCGAGCCGCCGGGUCAUCACGGCAACAGGAGCUAUGCCUGACGCUGACGCCAACCCGAGACUGGGGCGGACGAGGGAUGUUGGGCUGCCACAUCAUUCCCUUGUAA